GUUCAGCCAAAGCAGACGUGUCUAAGUGCAUUUAGUGCAACAACAAAGUGAAAGAAAAAAUCAAUUCAAGACUUGAUUCAAAUAAUAGUGAAUUUGAUAAUAUAAAAAGGAACAGGAAAUAUGCAGAUCUUCGUCAAGACCUUGACUGGCAAGACCAUCACCUUGGAGGUGGAGCCAUCCGAUACCAUCGAGAAUGUUAAGGCCAAGAUCCAGGACAAGGAGGGCAUUCCCCCAGAUCAGCAGCGUUUGAUCUUCGCCGGCAAGCAGCUGGAGGAUGGACGUACUUUGUCCGACUACAACAUCCAGAAGGAGUCGACCCUUCAUCUGGUUCUCCGUCUGCGUGGUGGCAUGCAGAUCUUCGUCAAGACCUUGACUGGCAAGACCAUCACCUUGGAGGUGGAGCCAUCCGAUACCAUUGAGAAUGUUAAGGCCAAGAUCCAGGACAAGGAGGGCAUUCCCCCAGAUCAGCAGCGUUUGAUCUUCGCCGGCAAGCAGCUGGAGGAUGGACGUACUUUGUCCGACUACAACAUCCAGAAGGAGUCGACCCUUCACUUGGUUCUUCGUCUGCGUGGUGGCAUGCAGAUCUUCGUUAAGACCUUGACAGGCAAGACCAUCACCUUGGAGGUGGAGCCAUCCGAUACCAUUGAGAAUGUUAAGGCCAAGAUCCAGGACAAGGAGGGUAUUCCCCCAGAUCAGCAGCGUUUGAUCUUCGCUGGCAAGCAGUUGGAGGAUGGACGCACCUUGUCCGACUACAACAUCCAGAAGGAGUCCACUUUGCACUUGGUGCUCCGUCUGCGUGGUGGCAUGCAGAUCUUCGUCAAGACCUUGACUGGCAAGACCAUCACCUUGGAGGUGGAGCCAUCCGAUACCAUCGAGAAUGUUAAGGCCAAGAUCCAGGACAAGGAGGGCAUCCCCCCAGACCAGCAGCGUUUGAUCUUCGCCGGCAAGCAGCUGGAGGAUGGACGUACUUUGUCCGACUACAACAUCCAGAAGGAGUCGACCCUUCAUCUGGUUCUCCGUCUGCGUGGUGGCAUGCAGAUCUUCGUCAAGACCUUGACUGGCAAGACCAUCACCUUGGAGGUGGAGCCAUCCGAUACCAUUGAGAAUGUUAAGGCCAAGAUCCAGGACAAGGAGGGCAUUCCCCCAGAUCAGCAGCGUUUGAUCUUCGCCGGCAAGCAGCUGGAGGAUGGACGUACUUUGUCCGACUACAACAUCCAGAAGGAGUCGACCCUUCAUCUGGUUCUCCGUCUGCGUGGUGGCAUGCAGAUCUUCGUCAAGACCUUGACUGGCAAGACCAUCACCUUGGAGGUGGAGCCAUCCGAUACCAUUGAGAAUGUUAAGGCCAAGAUCCAGGACAAGGAGGGCAUUCCCCCAGAUCAGCAGCGUUUGAUCUUCGCCGGCAAGCAGCUGGAGGAUGGACGUACUUUGUCCGACUACAACAUCCAGAAGGAGUCCACUUUGCACUUGGUGCUCCGUCUGCGUGGUGGCAUGCAGAUCUUCGUCAAGACCUUGACUGGCAAGACCAUCACCUUGGAGGUGGAGCCAUCCGAUACCAUUGAGAAUGUUAAGGCCAAGAUCCAGGACAAGGAGGGCAUUCCCCCAGAUCAGCAGCGUUUGAUCUUCGCCGGCAAGCAGCUGGAGGAUGGACGUACCUUGUCCGACUACAACAUCCAGAAGGAGUCCACUUUGCACUUGGUUCUGCGUCUGCGUGGCGGUUACUAGAUUUGAACACUAUUAAAAGAAGUCAAUAUAUAAAUCUUUCAAAUAACUAAAUGUACUCAAAUAGACAACAUAAAUGUAUUCCCUGUAGUUCAUGUUAAUUGGCAGUAAAUUAUGCUCAAAAUUCCAAAAUAUUUAAAUAUUCAAUAAAGUUCUUUGUGCGCGUUCAAAA